CAUUGCUGCGUCUCAUGUAUGCUCGAACCAGUCUUGCGUCUUAUUUUUAACAGUUUGGCGAUUUCAAGCCUGCGUCCCGAGGUAACGAUACACGGUCCAGACCAAAACCACGGGCCCCACGCAGGCGGCUAGCCCUGGCAGGCGCGACCCUUUGCCAGGCCCCUCCCUUCCUUGCUUUGCCUCACAGACCAUGUCAGCGAUCCCGCAGGAGCCCUCACUGCCGCCGACCACUGAACCAGCGCCAGCGACCGCGCCUCUCUGUCUUUUCCCUCUUCCCCCACUAGUACACAAAUUCACGCGCGCUUCCGCAUUUCCAGAUUACAGGAUCUCGACAAGCGCGCUGCUAUCCUCCAAUCUCUGCUAUUUUCAGCCCUCGCGAUCCCCACGAGACCCGAGCCCGUCCGGCCUCGCUCCUUCCUCAUCAAACAUGGCGCGCGGCAACCAGCGGGACAAGGCGCGUGAGAAGAACCUCAAGGCCCAGGCUGCCCAGAAAAGCAAGAACAACAAGACCGGCUCCGAGAUGCAGCGUGACAAGGAGGCGGUGGCCGAGAUGAUGCGCAAGAAGCAGGCUGCCGGUAAGUCUACAUUUCCUGCCUGGCAAGGCCACUAGGAGAGUGUUUCCUCCUGUCUGUCUGACUGUCCCACGGAGACUAACACGACUCCUCCACCUUAGCCGACGCAAAGAAGGCCGAAGCGGCCGUUAAGAAAUAAUGUACUUGCCGCUAGUCAUUGCUCGACCUCAGCCGGAGCCAUAGCAGAAGCAGCAUUCACCAGACGCAAUCAGGAAGACGCGAGUCCCCAUGCUUGGAUACCGUAUCGCGUGGGAAAGACUUCUCUAUAACUUGCAGACAGGCAUGGAGCAGGGAAGUUGCAGCUUGGCCCUUGGGGCUGGAAUCCGAACCUCCUUGCUCUGUUUCAUGGUCUUGCCUGUCCAGGUCUUGUCAAGUUUUGACUACCCCAGGUGUCAUUGCUCUCAACCAUUAGAACUCAAUUUUAUAGCGAAGCCGUGUUUCAAUUUUCUCCCCCAAU